AUGAUAGUGAUGAUAAAUGAGCAACUAAUGGGUGAGGAUGGCAGACUAGCGAACUUAAAAAAUCAAACCUGCAAGUCUAAUGGAAAACAACAUCGUUUCACUCUAGAAGACAAGGACGAGACAGAAGACUGUCAAACGAUUACGCCAAAUACGUCAUUUUCAGCCUGUUUACGUAGUAAUCACCAGAACACAGCAGAUGGCAAUGCUGACAAUUGUGAUAGCAACAAUCAGUAUGAAUAUAAUGACCAAGAACGGAUGGAGGAAGAUAGUUUUAAGAAUUUGGAAGUUAGCUAUAAAGUACGAAUGGGUGAACGGUUGACUGAUGAUAUAAUUGAUGUAUAUUGUGAUAAGCUGCAAAAAAGUAUUAACAACGAAGUCGAUGGCAUGCUAGCCAUGCAAUAUAUUUCAUUGAAUGAAAGCGUACGUGAACAGAUUUUGAUAAUGUUUGCACAUUUGUACGAUGACGAUGAACUGAUUGAAGUAGCAGUAGAGACUGGACUGAGUACGCAAAAUGAUUCCUGGUCCUGUGGUUUGAGAGCUGUUGCAUUUAUAACACAUCUCGUAUUUGGGAUUAAUCCAACUAGGUACGAAUAUGAUUUAGAAAAGGUUAGGAAGUUUAUCAUGGAUAUUAUUAAAAUGGAUAGACCAAGUCGUGAAUUACUUGCCAACGCACAGUUUGGACAUGAACGAGAAGGUAGUAAAUCAUGCUUAGCUAUUGCUUACAUUGCAAAAACAGGGUAUUUUGUGGUUGAGAAUGAAGCAUUUUCACCAAAACUAAAAUCAAGUGAUUUGCCGCGCAGAAAGACUGAAAAUGAAUAUAGUCAAACUUUUGACCAUAAUAAUGAUAAACUACAAUCAUCACAUGGUAGCAACCUCACUAAUAGAAGUGGUGAUGAUCAGACUGGUUUUUAUAACAGUAAACCAAAUGAGAAGAAAGCGCUAAUCAGAAGUAACAAUAGUGAAGUGAGAAGUAAUUUUGCAGCUUCGGCGUGGGUACGAGAAUCGAGCAGAUCGCCCAAUUCAUACAAGGAAGAAAGCAGUCCGCUGCUGAACUCAAAUCCUUAUAGUAGUAAGCAAAUGCCACACAAGUGGCAGUGA